AUGCAGUGGAGGAGAACCACGGACGAUCCCCACUGCAGCCUGGUGGGGUGGGACAGCAGAGGCACUCGCUAUGGCAGCCUGAGCGAGGAGGCCAUUGAAAUCACCCAGCCCAACCACGCAGCCCUGAACCAGAAGAGCCCAGCCAACGUCUUCAGUGAUGGCUCCACCAGGAUAGACUUUGUCCUGGUGUGGGAAUCUGUUCCGUGGGAGCAGAGCGGGCAGCAGGACAGCUGUGAGAGCGGGGGCUCACAGGAGACAUCCACCACCACCCACAGGACCUGGCGGAAGGCGUUUCUGGACAAGCUGCACGCUGCUGGGAUCCACAUGGAGAAGCACCUGGUCCGCCUGGAGAAGACCUUGGUGCAUUAUCUGCUGCUGAGUGCGCCCUGGGACCUGCUCUGCUACUAUGCCGAGGAGCUGCAGCUCCGUGUGCCGCUGCAGGCGCUGCCCAGGCAGACCUCCCCCUGGUCGGCCAGCGUGCUGCGGCGCCUGGGCAUCCCCAACCUGGUGGCCCAGGAGGUUCCCAACUCGACGCUGGACCACUACACCUGCCUGUUCAAGGCCAACAAGCUGCACUGCUUCCUGGGGAGUGAUGAGCAGGACACCUUCUUCUCCACCACCCAGCGGCACCAAAUUCUCUAUGAGAUCCUGGUCACCACGCAGUACGGCCCCUGCAGGGAACGGGACAUGGGGGUGGACCGGCUGCUGAGUGAGAAUGUCUUCACUGCCGCCUUUCCACUGCAUGAGGGUCCCUACAAGGCACGGCCAGAAGAGCUGGUGUCCGGCAGCCUCAGCCAGCGCCAGAUCCUCUUCCAGUACUGGGCCAGCUGGGGGAAGUGGAGCAAGUACCAGCCGCUGGAGCAUGUCCGCCAGUACUUCGGGGAGAAGGUGGCUUUCUACUUUGCCUGGCUGGGCUUCUACACAGGAUGGCUCCUGCCGGCUGCAGUGGUGGGGACAGUGGUGUUCAUCACUGGCAUUUUCCUGAUGCUCCAUGAUGUACCUUCGCAGGAGAUCUGUGGGAGCGGGGAGCGGUACCGAAUGUGUCCCCUCUGCAAGACCUGUCCCUACUGGCAGCUCUCUGAGAUCUGCAGUGCCUUUAUGGCGGGACGGCUCUUUGACCACGGUGGGACCGUCUUCUUCAGCAUCUUCAUGUCUUUGUGGGGAGUGCUGUUCCUGGAGUUCUGGAAGCGGACCAAUGCGUCCCUGGCUCUCCACUGGGACUGCUCUGAGUUCGAGGACAUUGAGGAGCGGCCACGGCCCCAGUUCACGGCCACAGCUCCAAUGACGAUAACAAACCCAAUAACGGGGGCGGAGGAGCCGUAUUUUCCCAAGCGCAGACGCCUCCACCGCAUUUUGGCUGGUUCGAUGGUCAUUAUAAUGAUGAUUGCUGUAGUGGUGAUGUUCCUGGUCUCCGUUAUCCUCUACCGGGCAGUGGUGGCCAUCCUCCUCUCCAACUCAGGCUCCUUAUGGUUUGCAGCUUCGGCAUCCCGCAUCGCCAGCAUCACCAGCUCGGUGGUGAACCUCAUCUUCAUCCUCAUCCUCUCCAAGAUCUACAUUUCCCUGGCUCAUUUCCUCACCAAAUGGGAAAUGCACCGCACCCAGACCAAGUACGAGGACGCCUUCACCUUCAAAGUGUUCGUCUUCCAGUUCGUCACCUUGUACUCCUCGCCCAUCUACAUCGCCUUCUUCAAGGGCAAGUUCAUUGGCUUCCCUGGCAACUACCUGAGCUUUCUAGGGGUCCGCAAUGAGGAGUGCAGCCCAGGUGGGUGCUUGAUCGAGCUGGCGCAGGAGCUGCUGGUCAUCAUGGUGGGGAAGCAGAUCAUCAACAAUGUGCAGGAGGUGGCCAUCCCGAAGCUGAGUCGCUGGUGGCGCAAGCAGAAGCUCCUCUCUGCCAAAGCAGUGGGCGAGGAGGGGGAGUCGGUCCUGGCUGAAUGGGCUCCCUGGGUGAUGGACCACCAGCUGCUGGCCUUCAAGGGGCUGUUUGAUGAGUACCUGGAGAUGGUGGGCGAGGAGGGGGAGUCGGUCCUGGCUGAAUGGGCUCCCUGGGUGAUGGACCACCAGCUGCUGGCCUUCAAGGGGCUGUUUGAUGAGUACCUGGAGAUGGUCCUGCAGUUUGGCUUCAUCACCAUUUUUGUGGCCGGGCGGCCAGUGGCCGAGCGGGCGCAGGGCAUUGGCAUCUGGUUCUCCAUCCUGGAGGCCAUCACUCACCUGGCCGUCAUCAGCAACGUACGCUGGGCAGGUGUGGCCGAGCGGGCGCAGGGCAUUGGCAUCUGGUUCUCCAUCCUGGAGGCCAUCACUCACCUGGCCGUCAUCAGCAACGCCUUCCUCAUUGCCUUCACCUCCGAUUUCCUGCCCCGCGUGUACUACGGGUACGUCCAGGACAGCAGCCUGCAUGGCUACGUGAACUUCACCUUGGCGCACGCACCACGGGAGUUUGUCUUGCAAAGCAACACCACGUGCAGAUACCGAGCGUUUCGGGACCGGGAUGGCAACUUGACCUUGAUGUACUGGCAGCUGCUGGCCGUACGCUUGGGCUUCAUCAUCGCCUUCGAGCACCUGGUUUUCUCCAUCAGCCGUGUGAUCGCGUGGCUGGUCCCCGACAUCCCCGAGGCUGUGGAGGUCAAGGUGAAGCGUGAACGGUACCUGGCCAAGGAGGCCCUGGCUGAGAACAAGGUCCUCUUGGAGAGAUGGGAGACAAGAAACAAGGCCAGCACCACGGAUCUGACCACAAGCAGGGACUGGGAAACAGAGCAGUUGGGCAGCAGCUGA